AGAAAGAGAACUGGAAAGGGAACGACUGGCCGUGGAAAGAGAACAGGAAAAACACAAUGAAAUCAUGAGCAACAUGGUAAAGCAAAUGGAACGUUACACAUUAGAGGCAGAACUCCGAGAGCAGGAGAGAUUACGACAGGCAGAAGAAAGAGAACUGGAAAGGGAACGACAGGCACGGGAGAGAGAAGAGGAAAAAUUCAACGAAAUGAUAUCAAUGGUUAGCAACACCGUACAGCAGAUGGAAUGUCAGAUAUAAGAGGCAGAUCGCCGAGAGCAAGAGAGAUCAAGACAGGCAGUAGAAAGAGAACUUGAAAGGGAACAACGGGCUGAGGAAAGAGAACAGGAAAAACAAAAUGAAAUCGUUAACAACAUUGUAAAGCAGAUAGAAUGUCACACAUUAGAGGCAGAACGCCGAGAGCAAGAGAGAUUAAGACAGACAGAAGAAAGAGAACUGGAUAGGGAACGACGGGCAGAGGAAAGAGAACAGGAAAGACACAACGAAAUCGUUAGCAACAUGGCAAAGCAGAUGGAAUGUCACACAUUAGAGGCAGAACGCCGAGAGCAGGAGAGAUUAAGACAGACAGAAGAAAGAGAACUGGAAAGGGAACGAUGGACAGAGGAAAAACACAACGAACUGAUAUCAGUGGUUAGCAACAUGGUAAAGUAGAUGGAACGUCAGACAUUAGAGGCAGAGCGCCAAGAGCAAGAGAGAUUAAGACAGGCAGAAGAAAGAGAACUGGAAAGGGAACGAAGGGCUGAGGAAAGAGAUAAGGAAAAACACAACAAAAUGGUUUGCAACAUAGUAAAGCAGAUGGGACAUCAGACAUUAGAGGCAAAACGCCAAGAGCAAGAGACAUUAAGACAGGGAGAAGAAAGAGAACUGGAAAGGGAACGACGGGCAGAGGAAAGAGAACGGGAAAGGGAACGACGGGCAGAGGAAAGAGAACAGGAAAGGGAACGAGAGGCAGAGGAAAGUGAACGACGGGCAGAGCAAAGAGAACAGGAAAGGGAACGGCUCGCUGAGGAAAGAGAGCAAGAAAGAGAAAGACGGGCAGAAGAAAGAGAAAGGAAUGCGGAGAUCCGGGCCCAUGCCAUAAUCUGGGAUAUUGAGAGGCAGCGUUACCUUUACGAGCAGGAGCAGCAGCAGCUACGGAUGACUUGGAACCAAGUUAAUGCAGUUAAUGCAGGUGGUAUUUUUCAGUUUCCCCAACUAUCUCAUACUUCUUUCCAUCCACCACAGGCUGGUUCCAAGUAUCAUGAUCCAACCCGAAGUGAUGAGAUCCCCAAGGCGUUUCAGUCGCUCUACUGUGACAUCUAUGGUCCGAGACGAUAGGUAUUUGUAGGCAUGUAUAUGCUAUUCCCCCUUUAUGUUUAUUAGGAGUAAGUUGAUCUGAUCAGAUGGUAUUUUCUUUUGAGUAGAUGAUGGAGUUGAUAGAUACGCUAACUUUGUGAAUUUAUUCACUGCAAAAGGCUUAUUGCCAUUUGAAUUAACUGGAAUGGAUGUUUGGAACUUAUGAUUACCUAUUACAUUAUUAGGCAUUUUAUGUAUGUAAUGACAAGUACAACUUAUGAGUAACUUUCAAA